AUGGAGUACGAAGGGGAACUAGAUGAAGAGACUGAGGCUUUCGGUGCAGAAUUAGAGAGCAUGUUACAAGGUGAUCUAGGCAGAUUAGCAGAAGUGGAAGAAUCGCCAGAACAGCAAACACCUACUACAAAACCAGGCAUAACUGCCAAGAAAUUAGUUGCAGAACAGCUGUGUUUUUCCAAACCUACCAAAGAAAUGGCCAAUCAUCUUAGACCUUUGUUCAUAACAGUAAACUUUGGAGGUGUUCCUAUUCCCAAAGUAAUGGUAGAUGGAGGUGCAGCCAUUAAUCUUCUACCUCACAGAUAUUAA